AUGGAGAUGAGAUACUUGACUCCAAAUUACUACCAAGAGGUGCUCAAGAAGGUGUACAUGUUGAGGCAAGGUACCAAAACUGUGGAAGAAUAUUAUGAUGAGUUUGAUAACUUGCGGAUGAAGUCUAAUAUUGAAGAGAAUAUGGAAUGUACGGUGAUACGAUUCGUGGAAAACUUGAGGUAUGAUAUCUUGAAGACCUUGAAGCUUAAGCACUAUGAGACUCUUGAAGCGGCUUUCCAUGAUGCUUCAAAGACGACAUCCUCUAGGGAGCAACCUAAAGGUGGAGGUCAAGUUGCCCAAGUCAAGCUUGAUUACAAAUCCAAGGCAAGUGAGCAACCACAAGGAGGUAACUAUGUUAAACCUAACUUUCCUCAACCCUCUACAAUUCAAUGCUUUAGAUGCCAAGGGAGGGGACAUGUUGCUAGUGAGUGUCCAAAUAGGAGAACAAUUGUUGCUCUUCGUGAUGGAUAUAAGACUGAAGAUGAAGAUGAGGGUGAAGAAAAAAAUAAGGGAGAGGGAGAUAGGGGUGAAAGAGAGGAAGGUGCUUCAGGGGAUGAAGAAGAAAGGUUGGACGAGAGGGUGAAUUUUGCUUGCUUCAUGAAGAAGGGAAAGUCUUUGCUUGAUGAUGAUGAAGACUUGAACAUGAAUGUCAAUCUUUCAUGUGUUGUGAGAAGAAUUAUGAGAGCCCUUGCAAAAGAAGAACUUGACCAAAUGGAGAAUCUAUUUCAUGCUAGGUGCAAAAUCCAAGAUAAAGUGUGUUCUUUAAUCAUUGAUGGCGGGAGUUUCAUCAAUGUGGUGAGUAGUUCCUUGGUGAAGCGUAUGAAAAUACAAACCAGCAAGCAUCCCAAUCCUUAUAAGCUACAAUGGCUCAACGAGAGUGGAGAGAUAAAGGUCCUCAAACAAGCAAGUAUUCGAUUUAGUGUGGGAAAGUACAAUGAAGAAUUGGUUAGUGAUGUGGUUCCCAUGUUGGCAUGUCACCUACUGUUGGGGAGACCUUGGCAAUUUGAUAGAGAUGUUGUGCACCAAGGAAGAUCCAACAAAUACAUUUUUGUGAUUGAAGGUAAAAAGUAUGUGCUUGCACCUCUCACUCCAUAUCAAGUGAGUGAGGACUAUCGGGCUAUGAAGGAGCUUCGGGAGAGAAUAAAAGACGAGGCGGCAAAAGGUGAAAGUGAAAGUUCUACCAUCGUUCCAAAGGAGGGGAGUGCCUUGGUUAAAAAUAAUAAGAACAUGUGCAUGAUAGCAAAGCCAAGCAAGUGUUUAAAGGGUGUGGAUGAGGAAUGCUUUCUAGGCUAUGAUGAGCUAUUUCCAGAUGAGAUGCCCGCUGGAUUACCACCCUUGAGGGGAAUCGAGCACCAAAUAGAUUUUAUACCGGGUUCACAAAUUCCCAAUCGUCCAGCUUAUAGGAGUAACCCGGCAGAAACCAAAGAGCUAUCAAGGCAAGUGGAAGAGCUUCUUGAGAAGGGGUUGAUCAAAGAAAGCCUAAGUCCUUGUGCCAUACUGGUAAUUCUUGUUCCCAAAAAAGAUGGCACUUGGAGAAUGUGUAUUGAUUGUAGAGCCGUAAAUAAGAUCACGGUGAAGUAUCGACAUCCCAUUCCUUGA